UGGAAAAGAACACUAAGUCGUUGGCCGGCGCCGGCAUGUUAUUCGUUUUCUUGGAGCUGAACUUCGGAACUUUUGUAUACAUGGAAGUGGAUAUAUUCUAAGACGAAAAAUAUACGGAGCAGAUCCCCCCAACCCGUACUCCGAGAUGACAUUAGGAGAAAAAAAAGAGAAAAGGCAAAGAAUUAUUGCACCUCCAUGUGUCAAGGGGAUAGCGCGGUUGUUGGAAGCCUUUGAAUAUAAUUUUAUUGUACAUACAUGCAGUUUUCAAAUAAAGAAAUACACCAAAAACGAAAUUUACUAUGAUUACAAAUUGCAGUUAUUACAGCCUUUCCGUUAGCAGAAAAAGUGUUUCGUAGGCUGUCAUGGUCAAAUAUAACCAUGGCCUCAGUCAGUUCACGAUUCGUGCAGGAUGCCGGCUUGAUGAGUCAGUCCUUGGCGAACUGUACUUGAUACAGCGAUUAUCGACUACAAUUCAGUCUGCUGUCACUGCAUAACACAAUUGGCAUCAUAAUUCCUAUUAUAGUCGGCGGAUUAACGACGGCGAGAAGAAAAGCAAAUGACGAUGACAGGGGCCAAGUGAAUGUUUAUCGGCAUAUCGAAACCCACAUGUCUGUACAGUAGUGGUAUAAUACAUUACCGCCACUUACCAUGUCGUCCUCAGCGCUAAGAAAAAUUAUAAAAGCACGUUUCUUGUUAAGUACAGAAAAGAACUUAGUUAGAGGCGUGGUUUGUCAGUACAGUCAGGAGGCUCCUGUGGAAACUGUACAAGAUGUGAAAAAUCGUCUUAUAGAAGUCAUGGGGAUUCAGCGCAGCUACAAGCCAUUACCGCUGAGUCGGAGUCAUUUGCUGGAGUACCUACCAAAGAGCCAGGAUGAACUUCCUGUUAGGAAGAUGAAGGAUAGCUUUUCCAGUGUAGUAAUUCCACUGAGCACAGAUAUAACACUGCAAGAAAAGUAUGUGACAUUUCUUGGGCAUGUACGGCUGGGGAGACUUAUGGAGGACAUGGAUAUAUUUGCAGCUUGGGUGGCUCACAAGCACAUCUUGAACCCAAGAAAGCCAGCUGGACAACCAACACCAUAUGUAAUUGUCACUGUACUUGUUGAUCAAAUUGAUUUCACUGACAUAACUCCUAAGCACGAUGGUGAUAUCAGAUUGUCGGGGCAUGUAUCAUGGGUUGGGAAGUCCUCAAUUGAGGUGACUGUGUGGCUGGAACAGUUAUUGCAUGGUUCUUGGCAGAAACUGACUAGAGCAGUUUUCCUCAUGGCAGCUCGAAAUUCUAUUUUAUCCGGGCCAGCAAUAGUGAACCUUCUUGAGCCCGAAACUGAAGAAGAAAAGGAAAUAUUUAGAGGUGGUGAAUUAAGGAAGAAACGACGUGUAAAAGUACAGCAGGAAUCACUUUUCAAAAUGACACCAGAUGUUAAUGAGCAGAGAUUAAUCCAUGACCUUUUCCUGAAAACAAUUGAUCUACAUAGAAUGUCGUUCCACAAAAGAAUUCUGCCUCCCAGGAGCUUAUGGAUGGAAGAUGCACAACUCAGCAAUAUUGUUUUUAGUCACCCCGAAGACCGUAACCUGCACAACAAGGUUUUUGGGGGCUUUCUUAUGCGACAGGCUUUAGAACUCUCUUGGACUGCUGGUUAUUUGCACAGCAAAUUUCGCCCCAGAUUGUGUCACAUAAGUGACAUCAGUUUCCACAAGCCAGUUGAUGUUGGAUCACUUCUUCGAAUGAACUCCUUGGUUACAUAUACAGAAUGCAAUUAUGUGCAGAUAACAGUUUAUGCAGAAGUGUUUGACCCUCGUGGAGGGCAGCAAAAUACAACUAAUGUGUUUCAUUACACGUAUGAAAUGCCUGAAGAAGUGCCACAGAUAAUUCCAAAAUCCUAUCAGGAGGCAAUGAUGUACCUGGAUGGCAGACGACAUUUUCAGCAUGUGAUGGGUCUUUCUGACAAUACACAUAGUUCAACAGCCACAUAAACUUGCUUUGGUCAUCUUAUUUGCUAAAUUAUUCAUUCAUUAAAGCGCUCUCUCUCUCUCUCUCUCUCUCUCUCUCUCUCUCUCUCUCUCUCUCUCUCUCUCUCCUCCCCCUCCCCCUCCCCCUCUCCCUCUCUCUCCACACACAAAAUGUACUUAAUGCCAAUGUGGACUAUGUGUCAGCUUAACCUCCCUAAUAGUUUUUGUGCUGUAACAUCAUGUUGGCAUCUCUGUCAGUAUUACUUAAUGAAGGUAACAUAAAAUUUUGAAAAUUUUGUUAAGUGUCUGAGAAUAUUGAUGUAAAUACAUGUUCCAGCAAGAAUGAGAAAACGAUAUCACUAGUCAUUGAAAGCAUUUGUUUGGAACAUACCUUAUCAGAAAAAGUGCACAAAGUAUAGAGUGUAGUGGUAUGGUGAUCCAAAAAAUAACUAAGUUUCAGACUUGUACUAAUGUUGAUAUAUAUAAUGAGCUGUCCAUAUAAUGGCUAUUGUUACUAAAAUAAAGAGCAGCUUACAUGUGAA